CCGCAUAGCAUUGCAGAUAAAAUUCAUAUACAUAUACAAAUAUACAGCCUGUGGUGUGUAGGUUCGUAGAUCAAUUCGAAAUUUGCAGUUAAAAAGGCACCUAUAUUAGGAAAGUUAGCAACAUCAAUAAUACGCAAUUGAUAGCAUCAGACACGGGGUCAGCCGUCGAGUGCAGCCAAUUGAUGGAUAAUACGAGAAAAUAAUCGUAAUUGGCAAAAGUUCAAUGCACGAAUAAUAUAUUUGGUUAUAUUUGUGAGUGUAGUGUGCGUGAGUGUAUUGGUGCUUGAUAAGUAUAUGUGUCGAUUUCUUAUUCACAAAAACUCCUCCUGGAUAUAGUGUCGUCGGUCGUGAAAAGUGCGUAAAAUCGAAAUCCUCCCACGCGACGGACCACCAUCCGAGACCGAGUCGGAGACCGAGACCGAGUCCAGAGUGCGACUGCACCGCACAGCACCGGACCGUACCCGUACCCGUACUGUCCACCCCAUAUUCACAGGACGGACGGGAUGUAGCAGGUCGGGCGAACAACGUCAAGAGAGCGCAAGCAUAGAACACAGAAGGCGGAGAUGUUAAGGCGGCUCGAGCUGAGCAAUCCAAUCCCCAAGUGACUCAAAGUCAAAGUUGUGUUCUCGUUCGGUGUGUUGUGAAAUUUUCCGUAAUCACUAUUCUAUUUCGGAUUACAUUCCCGUGAAUCUAAACGUCUAAAUUCUCAAGUGAAUAUAUUCUAAAGUUAAAGUUUGAGUUUAAAUACAACCAAAAAGAAAAGAAAAGGAAAAAAAGAAUCACCGACUGCUGCUCAACGAGGCAGUGGCAUAGGAAGAAGAAGAGCGGCAAAGAAAAAAAAACUUGUUUGAACAAAAAGAAAGAAAAGACAAGACCGAACAGAACGAAAAGACAAGACGGACGCAAGACGAGAAGCGCCCAAAGAAGCUGAAGCGAAUCAGAAUCAGAAUCAGCGUGGAUCUGAUCUCUCUUCCUCUCUCUCUCUCUCUGUCUCUCUGGGCAUCGUUUCCUAGAGAAUCGCCCAAGAGUAGCGGCGUCGCCUGCGACGUCUCCAAAAUACAAAACAACGUAGAAUCAGAAGGUGGUGCCAAACAGGAGCAGGCAUGGAUGAGGAUGACAACCUGUCAAAUGCCGAUAUCAGCAUCGAUGAGGAGGACGACGAUGGGGACAGGGCACGGGCCAUGGUCCAGCCCAUGGUAGACGACGACGAUGAUGAUGACGACGACGACGAUGAUUCCGAUGUGGACUUGUCAUCGGUUUAUGUGCAGCCGGCGGGCCAUGUGUCCGUAGGUUUGGAUGAUGAUAGUGCAACCGGUGCCGGAGCUGACGCCUCCGGCCGCACAAUUGGGGAAGGCAGUGGCAGUGGCACAGGAACUGCCACUGCCACUGUCGGAAGAGCUAGAGCUGGCAAUUCCCGUUCGCCGUUGCAUGACAAGUACUCGAGUGCCCCAGCGGCGGCGGCGGCGGCUGCGUCUGCUGCGGCGGGCAGUGCAACGGCCAGUGGUAGCAGCAGCAGCUCAAAUAGCAGUGGACGCUUUGGAACGGCGGGGAGUUCGGCUGCUGGAGCAGCAGCAGCUGCCGGUGAGGAUGCUGGUGCCAAACCAAGCUUCUUCUUUGGAACCUCCUCGUUCAGCCUACGCAGCCGCAAAGAGGUGGCCGCCCUCAUCAAUACAGAGUGCUGCCGCGGCAGUCCCACACCCGAUCUGGACUCCAUUAUGGAUACGCUCUUCAAUCCGGGCACGCCCAUCGAUAAUCCCGACAAUAUCGAGUGGAUACGCUGGCUAAUCGCCGGUGGCCGCACACCGCAGGAGUUUGUCAAGAUUGUGCGCAGCUAUGACAACCAUGCAAAGUGCGGCCUUGUGUGGGUGCCCCAUGUGGUGGCCUAUCGCUGCCGCACCUGCGGCAUCUCGCCCUGCAUGUCCAUCUGUCGGGACUGCUUCAAGAAGGGCAACCAUACCAAUCAUGACUUUAACAUGUUCUUGUCGCAGGCUGGCGGUGCCUGCGACUGCGGCGACACGUCCGUGAUGAAGGCCGAGGGAUUCUGCAGCGAUCAUGGCAUCAAUAAUCGCGUGAAUCGGGAUCCCGUGCCCAACAAUCUGCUGGCCGUGGCGGAGGCCAUUAUGCCGAAGCUGCUCUUCCGCCUGUUGCAGCACUUUCGGGAGCACAGCGACACCUCGUUGCAGGUGCACGCCAUGACCUCGUACUCGUGCGAGGAGUUCGCCAAUAUGCUGAUCGAUCUGAACAACAUGGGCGAGAUUAUGCGCAAGGUGAUGACGCGCACCCUGAUCAAUCACGAGGUGUACGCCUACUUCAUGGAGACGCCCUGCCAGGAUACACGCAACGGACGCUUCCUGAAGGCGAAUCGCGAAAAGUACGAGGAUGCAGUCAAUCGGUUCCCCAAUCCGGAGCCACCCGACGAGUACCGUGACCUGCCGGCGCUCUGCGAAAAGCUUGUGCACACCACACUACUCGAGGAAUUCAUAUUCUGGACAUUCAAGUUUGAGUUCCCCCAGACGCUCGUCUGCUUUCUGCUCAAUAUGCUACCCGACCAGGACUACAAAGAGCAUUUGACCCGCACCUUUGUCAUGCACUACAGCCGAAUUCCGUCCGUGCUGGAGAUGUCACGCGACCCGGACACGCUCAGCAACCGUGUGGUCCACAUGAGCGUCCAGCUCUUCUCCAACGAGAGCCUAGCCCUCAAGAUGGUCAACGAACUGUCGCUGCUGCAUGUCAUGAUCAUUAGCCUGAAGCUGAUGAUGUCCAAGAUUCUCAUCCAGAAUACACUGCACGAUCCCGGCAAAAACUUUCACUUUGUCAUCGAUUGUACGCGCCAGGUGAUGAAGGAUCAUUGCUAUUGGCCGCUUGUCUCGGACUUCAAUAACGUGCUAUCGCACGAAUCGGUGGCAUUGGUCUUUCUGCGGGACGACAACCUCAUCGAUAUGUGGUUUCAGUUCCUCCAAAUGCUGCAGGGCAUGAAUGUGAAUGUGCGGGAAACGGCCUCCCAUGUGGAAUUCGAACCGAAUAGCUACUAUGCGGCCUUCUCAUGCGAACUGGAGGCCAGCGCCUAUCCCAUGUGGUCGAUCAUAUCCCAUCUGCAGGACGGCACCCAUGCCCAUCUGGCCAAAAAGAUCAUCAACUAUUGUGUGACGACGCUGCACGAGUGGCUCGAUUCGAUAUACUUUAUGGAGGCCAGACUCUCAAUGGAGGAAAUGAUGCAGGCCUCAUUCCAUUUCCCGCUACAUAGGUAUCUGGCCGCAUUUGUCUGUCAGGCGGUCACCAAAAUGGGCAUACCCCUGAGCGAAGUGCUGCCCUCGCGUCCGUAUCUCUUGCCGUUAUUGAUGAUCCAUCCGCUGCGUGUUCAGAGCUUCUUCUAUGAAAUUUUGGCUGGCAAAUGGGUGCGGAAUGGCCUUCAGAUCAAGGGCCAGGCCAUGACCUACAUACAGGCCAACUUCUGCAACUCGAUGGCUGACAUGGACCUGUUUUUUCUACAGAUCUGCGCCACAAAUCUGCCGCAGUACUUUUUCCUGCAGAACACCAUCGAGCUGUUCGAUGUGGGCCAGUGGCUGGAGACGGCACCGCUGAAGCAGCCCCAAAAGGCGGAGCAGUCCUCCAUGCUGGAGGGCUUCCUCACAUUCCUUGCCACCCUGGUCACGAGUCGCACCAAUCUGGGCAACGAUGAGGCUACCCAGUGCAUCAUCGAGAUCAGCGCCCUGCUGGCCACCGAGAACAAGACACACUCGCAGCUGCUCGAGCUGAUGCCGGAACGGUCGGGCAAUGUCCACACCAAGAACUUUGAGACGUUCCUCAAGAAGCUGUCGGUGUACAAGGCGCCCUCGAGUGGGUCCGAGAAUCUCGAGCAGGGCCUCUUCACACCCAUCGACGAGGUGUGGGAGAAGUACUAUGAUCCGCUGCACGUCCUCCUGCGGGCCGUGCAUCGUCGCGACUUUCAGUCCUCGCUGGAUCGCUUCACCAACUAUGUCAAGUCGAAGGAGAAGAUGCCCGCCAGUGGCAAUCUGUGGCCGCCGUUCCGCCUGCCACAGGCCCUGCCCACGACCAGCUCCUUCACCGAUCCCUGCCGCAUACUGAACUCGCGCGUCUUCCACUCCACCAUCCUCUCGAUCUUCUUCCGGGCCGUGCACACGCGCGAUGUCUCCGAGCACCUGCUGGCCCUGGCCGUCUUUCUGCUGGAGAUGGCCGUGGAGACGAGCAGCGAUGUCAGCGACAGCCCGCCGGCAGCUGCGGCCGCCAUGGUGGAGUGCACUGGCGGCGGCGGUGGCGGUGGGGGAUACCAUCACGGCUACAACCAGGGCAGGCAGGAGCCGCCGCGACUGUUCCAGUGCUAUCCCACGGACAAUCUCAGCUGCAAUCUGCGGCACGUGGUCAACAAGCUGUCGCUGAAGUCGCGCGAUCCGCAGGUGAUCGGCUCCAGCUACCGCUCCAAUCCGUUCUACUCCGAUCUGGAGUUUGACGUGGAUCCGGACUCGGAGAUGGGCAUGCGGAUGAUUGGACAGUUGGAGUCCGAUGGCGAUGAGGCGGCUGGCGGUGGCGCACCGGGUGCAGGAGCAGGCGCGGGAGCGGCACUUGGAGCGGGUGCCAUGACUGUGGCCCGCAGGAGCAUGUCGCAGGCUCUGGUGCCGAUGCGAAUGCCCGGCAUGGAAGUGGCCCUACCACCCGAUCUGUCCGUGGUGCCGGAGACGGGAGUGAUCAUCCGGCAGGACAGUAACGAGGACGACCUGCUGCGUGACCGGGAUACAGCCAUGGAUCUGGGUCCGGCCGCCCUCGACUUUCACUUUCCCAUGCAACAGAUCACGCUGCCCGAGAGCGGCAUGGAGGUGGCCAUACGACGCGAUCUCCUGCUGGCCGAGAGCAACCAUGUGGCUGGUGGAGCAGGAGUGGGCGCUGGUAUUGGCAUCGGCACCGGACCCCCGGCGCUGGCCGCGCCCAGCGAGAUGUUCUCCCCGACAACGCCCACCGGCAGCGGUAUGCUGCUGCCGUUCCAGCGCGUCCAACCAGUGGCCGUGCCGAGCAGCGGCAACAUGGACAUUGUGCCCUCGAACGCCCUCGGCAUGGGCAGCUUUGCCGGCAGCGGACGGCGCAUGAACUACGACGCCGCUGGGACGCGCAAGCGGUCCGUCGACAUAGCCAUUGGGGGCAACAAUAAGGACGACCUGCACAUGGACGAGAGCAUAUUGUCGCUGCUGCUGAAGCUGCACUCGCAGCUGAGCGGCACCCUUGACAGCUUUUCGCUUAGCGAUGGUGAGGACUGUGCGGCAACGGCAUCGUCAUCGGAUCCACAGUCGAUGGACGUGGACUGUAAUGAGGCGAGCACAUCGACGGCCGCGGCAGCUGCCGAGAGCACGGCCCUGGCCGAACGUCAUGGACGGGGGCGACGCAACUACACGAACAUCCAUGUGUCCGCAUCGCGGAUCGGCGAUGGGCCCUUCUUUAUUGGGAAUUUGCUGCGCAAGAUUGCCAAAAAGGACGAGCUGUGCGCGGUGAGCAUUGACGAGAUAAGGGCCCGCCUUUGGCCCAAUCAGCGCGAGAAGCAGGCGGAGGCGCGGGCGCGGGAGAGCAAGGAGAAGGAGGAGCGCAGGAAGAAGGCGCGUGAGCGCCAGCAAAAGAUGAUGCAGGACUUUGCCAACAAGCAGAAACAGUUCAUGCAGUCGGCGGCAGCGGCGGCCAAUAACAUGGACAACGGCCUGGAGGAUGACGACGAUGAGGAUCUGUACGAGGAGCAGCCACGCGAGAAGGAAUACGACUGCAUCAUCUGCAACUGCACCACGCCCAGCACUGAAACCAAUCCAAUUGGCCUGGUGGUUCUGGUCGAAUCCAGCGGCAUCGUUGGCCAUCGUCGACGCAUCGCAGAGCGUCUGCCGCUGCCCCUUGACGCUGGUGAAGAGCAACGGCUGGCCCGCAGCACCCGCCUGGCCUCCGAGUUCAGCCGCCGCACCGAGCUGCUUAGCUUGAAGUUUGGCGACGAGUCCUGGUAUCUGUCCAACAAUAUGGCCUACGACAACGGCGUCCAUGUGCAGUCGUGCGGCCACCAUGUGCAUCUGAGCUGCCUGGAGGCGUACCUCAAGACGUUGUACACCACCCAGCGGCAGCCGGUGCAGGAUCGGGGCGAGUUCUACUGCCCGGUGUGUCGGCAAUUGUCGAAUUCGGUGCUGCCACUGAGUCCGCAGCUGGACAGGCCGACGCAUCUGGUCAGGUCGGGCAAUCAGCCGUUCGAGCAGCUGGUCGCCGAUCUCUCGGAUCUGAUCAAGGAGAACGAAACGAUGCCGCCAUCGACAAAACUGACAGAGGCCAUGGGCCAUGCCAUGGAGGUGAUGACAAACAUUUCGCAGCGAAAGGUGAAAUGCGCCUCCAUCACGUUCCGCAAGCUGUUCAUCUUUGUGACAUCGAUAGCGCGCACCAAUCUGGAGGCGGAGAUCAUUCAGCGCGGCGGCUCACUGUGCACAUCGAAUGCGACACGAUACAAGCCGAAGAGGGACUGCAUUGUGCCGCUGUUGCAUGUGCUGUCGGUGCAUGUGCGCGUCCUGGUCGAAUGGCCGCUGUGGAGUAGCUGGGCCUCGCUUGCGGGACUGCCCGUGAGCGAUGCGGAACCUCUGCCGGCCCAUUGUCAGGAGCUGAUACCUAGUCUGCUGGCGGAUCCCAUUGCACUGCUACUCAAGUUUAUACUCUUGGCACCGCUGCACUUGGAUCAGGAUUACUUCACCUGCAUGGUGAAGGUGAUGUACAAUUUGUUGUACUACCAAAUUGUCGUCCAGCUGUGCGUCACCCUGACGGAUCUCGAGUGUGAUUUCAUUCUGGCCCUGUAUGGCAGCACUGGGAGUAGCAACAGCACCAGUGCCAGUGCCAACGCCACGGCCAGCAGCCAGUCAACGGAGGCAACAGCGGAGGCCACUGCAGCGAUUGUCAGCUCGAGCGUCUCCGCUGGCCCUGUGCCCAGCACGUCCACGUCCUACAAUCGCCGCAGCAGCUCGAGCCGUUUCAGUGGCCAUCAGCAGCAGAGCGCCGCCCAACUGGGACGGGCCAUGGCACUGGUGUUGGGCGAGACCGAUUGUUUGAUCAAUCUGCGACGCGACAGCAUAGCCAGCACUUCUGCGGCAGCGAGCAGCAGCAGCAGCACUAGCAGCACCAGUGCGCACGCCAACAGCAGUUGCAGCAGCAGCAGCAGCACGUCAGCAUCAUCGUGCGAUGUGAAUUUAAAAUCGAUGGAGUUGCAGCUGCAGUCGCUGUGUCUGCCAUUCCUGCGGGUAGCGGCCCUGCUGCGUCAGCAUCUGUAUCGCCACGAGAUGCCAGAGAUAUCGGCGCCGGGCUUGGAGUUUGUGCGUCUGGUUUACUACCUGGAACUGGUCACCGAUUCAAUGGACUGGGACUGCUUUAAUGCCAGCAAAGGCCUAUGCUUCAUACCGGGCACCGAGCACACACUGCCCCAGUUCUGGUGCAAACAGCUGCGGGAGGUGCGACCGCCAUCGGACACCAUACGCGAGCUGGUGCUGAUCAAUCAGCAUUCGCUGUGGCAGCAGCCGCGACUGCUGGAGCUGCCACGCGAGUACGAGCGUCUGUUCACGUACUAUCACGAGCGGCCCUGCCUCAAUUGCUACAAAGUUCCAAAGGAAAGCUCCAUUUGCCUGCUGUGCGGGACGAUUGUGUGCCUCAAGCAGAACUGCUGUGCGGAGAACGAUUGCUGUGAGGCAGUACGGCACACGCUGUCCUGUGGCGGCGGCAUUGGCAUCUUCCUGGUGGUCACAUCCACGUACAUCAUUGUCAUACGUGGUCGCCGCGCUUGCCUCUGGGGAUCGCUCUAUCUGGAUGACUUUGACGAGGAGGAUCGCGAUCUCAAGCGCGGCAAACCAUUGUAUCUGAGCCAGGAUCGAUUCAAUUUGCUGGAGUCGCAGUGGCUCUCGCAUAAGUUUGCUCACACAAAACACACCUGGGUGUUUCAUCGCGAUCUCUUGUGAAAUAUGGAAGAUUUACUGCGCAGCAUACAGGAGCUGGUUGGCCAGAUCUAGCGAGGGAAAACAACAAAAGCAAACCAAGCCAAGUUUAAGCAAGUUUCCCGUU